AUGAUCGCCGUCUCAUCGUCACGAAGCGCUUGGCCCGCUCGACAAAACACAAAGGAGUUCUAUGACGGAUACAAGAAAUUGGCGCUCAAAUGGCAUCCAGACAAACAUCCCGAAGAGAAGGACAAGGCGAUGGCCGAAAAACAGUUCAAGAAAAUCGCUCAAGCCUACGAAAUCCUCUCUGAUGCGGCUAUAGCGCCUCUAUCCAUGAAAGGAAAUGGCUUCUCGUUCAAAAAAAUCUCCGACAAGACUGAAAAAAGCGCCGCUGACGACCAGCCGCUCCGACGGGAC